AGCAGAAUGUCGGCAAGUUCUGAGAAGCUUGACUUACCUGACAAGGUCAAGAAUUCAACACGUAAAUACUUUGAUAUCAUUGACGGGCUAUUCGAAAGAAGUAGCAUCGAGGCUGAAUAUGAGUUUUUUGACAGCCCAAAAUUUCAAGAUGAGAACCAGAUGUUCACCCUCCAAAAAUAUCAAAUGAUAAAAAGAAAGUUAAUGGAGGACCAGUACAAGAAGAAUGAAUUAAAACUGUCCUACUCCUACUGCAAGCCUAUUGACCAUCUCGCUAGAGACUCUGAGAUAAUCAAUAAAGCCCUAAUGCGAGGAAAGUUCACUCUCAAGUGCAAAUAAUGAUGCUAAUAACGCUCAGGUGAUUGAAGAAUUUGUGCAGGAGCCUCUUGCCUUUUAUAUCCACAAAGCAAGGCAUUUUAUUGAAAAAGUCAUAAAGAAGGAGAAUAAGACUGUAAAGAGCCUGUCUCCAAGAGGCAAAAGCACCUCAGCGAAAUUACUCAAAAAGACCCCAUUUCCUGUUGGCAAAGAUGAUAAUUUAGUCAAACUCCCUCGAGGAAUUAAGGGGAUUCAUAAUAGAUUGAGAAUAAAUUCCAAGAGUAGAAGAGGCAAGAAGCUCAUCAAGCCAAGAAAGAGUCCCAACUUAGGGAACCAAUUCGAGCUCACUAUUAAUGUGAGAGAUGAACAAAAUCAUGUUUCAGUAUUGAGAUCACCUAAAUAAAGAGAACAAACUCAACAAUUUGAAUAUUUUUGGAGGUGGCGAUGAGCAUAAGAUAAAUGAUAUGAAUAAGAAGAAAUCAGGAGGAAAGAAUUGGAUAAAAACACAACAAAGUAAUAAUUUCUCACCAAGAAACAGAGAUUUAAUAAUCAGUCCCAAGAGGGAUAUUAAAGUCUCUAAAUUUCAAGACUCAAGAUCUCCAAAUAUUGAGAAGAAAGGGGAUGAGUUGAAGGAUAAAAUCAGAAUAGAGACCUCAGAUAACAUCUCACAGAGAAAUUUCUUGUGUAAUACGCCAAGUCAGAGUGCAACUCUAUCCAAUCUCCAGUCAGAGAGAAGACCUAGCAGAGUGUAUUUCAUAAAAAGGAACAGCAACAUCAAGAAAUUAUUCAGAUUGGAAUCCAACAAGCUUAGGUGUCAGACACCUGCCAUGGAUGAAGAAAGAUCCCAGGUCAGAUAUUUAAACCUGGAGGAGAAAGAUGUUGAAAAAUAACGUAGUUGCCUGCAAACUUCCCUUUACAUCUCAUCUUAGCAACCGUAGGAGGCAUCGGAUGGAGUCAGAGUCAACUCAUAAAACUCCCAGAGUCAAGAGUAGCCUUAAGACUAGAAAAGUCAACCAGAAACUCCGGACUAUCGUACAGAAGCUAGAUGAUAUAGUCGAAGAAGAGCCUUGUCAGAAUAUCUUCGAAGAAAUGGAGUUUAACAUAAUUAAGGAACAAUUUAAAGCAAAUAAGCGUAACUACUUGAGCCAGAUGCUGCAGAAGUACGAUGAUACACCUCUUGAUGCAAAUAAAAUGCUCAUAACACUGAUUCAGGAGCUAACAAGUGAGAAAUAUAAUGAUGAUAAGAAUAAAGAACAAAUAGUUAAGGAAUACAAAAGCUCUCAGGAGCCAUUAAGAUAUAUGAAAACAACUAAGAUUUAAGUAAAUAGGCUUAAAAUUGGUCUUUUAAUAAGUUAAAAG